UGAGGACUAUGAAGAUUAACCAGAACACAGUCUUACAGGGGAAGAAGGUGACCCUGGUACCAUAUACUUCUGCUCAUGUAUCCCGUGAAACUUCAAUUCAUGAAAACUGAACUGGUCUUUGAAGAAUUUAAAUGUUAAACCAUGAGUGUGUGAACUGCAGACUUGGAUGAUUGCAGCCUCAGUGCAAAACAGACUCAAGGUACCAUGAGUGGAUGAAAUCGGAGGAGCUACAGCAACUGACCGCAUCUGAGCCAUUAAGCCUGGAGCAGGAGUAUGAGAUGCAACGCAGCUGGCAGGAGGAUGCAGAUAAAUGCACGUUUAUUGUACUGGACACUGAGAGGUGGUCUGGGCACGCAGGUACUGAGGAGGACUGCAUGGUGGGGGACGUGAACCUGUUCCUCACAGAUAUGGAGGAUCCAACAGUGGGAGAGAUUGAAGUCAUGAUUGCAGAGCCCAGCUGCCGUGGCCGAGGGUUUGGCAAGGAGACAACUUUAAUCAUGAUGUUUUAUGGAGUAACAAAGCUGGGAAUUACCAAAUUUGAAGCUAAGGUCGGACAGGAAAAUGAAGCUAGUAUCUCCAUGUUCAAAAAGCUUCAUUUUAAGGAGGUUGCCAUGAACAAGGUCUUCCAGGAGGUGACAUUGAAACUGGAUGUGAAUGAGCAGCAGAGACAGUGGCUCCUGGAGCAAACUAACCACGUGGAGGAGAAAAAAUAUAAUGUGUUGAAUCUACAGACCUGUGCCUCUGAGACCUGACACCUCUUCCAGAGGCAAGCAGACCACACCCCUGCUAAGUCUCCAGGGAGGAAGGGUUUGACAACGUUACUGAGUGCAAGUAUGGAAAACGCCUUGGUCCCAAGAGUGACUCAGACAACAAACUGCUUUGUUGUUACUCCACAUACCUGGGGUACAACCUGUGAAAUGCUGAUCUUCCACUGCAAUCGCGACAGAGCAUCUACAGCGGCAUUCCUCUGAAAUAGUGCCUGGAAGCUGGCAUGGAUGAACCGAUGCUAAUAGUUUAAGCACAGAAGUACACCUGGGCUGGGAAUGGCCCUUUUAGCCACAAAGCUCCCUCUGCCCUAUUCUAGGAAGGGACUGUCUACACCUCCAGGGCAAUGCUGUCAGUCUGUGGAUGAGCAGAGUAGAUUGGGUUCCUAGCUACAACCCCACCAUCCUUAGCAGAGUUCCUAGUGUCACAAAUAAAGUCUGAACCACAGGAGACUCUGGCCUGCUUUGUCACACCAGCUGACCCAUACAAUGUGACAACAUGAUCUGGUACACAGAGUAGCUCGGUUGCCAUCCUUGGCUAGUAAAGUCAUGGUUACAAGAUUUAAAAAAAAAAAAAAGGGUACAUAAGAUUUAAACCAGUGGGGCUGUCCAUGGAUCUGCUAGACAAGUUGUUACUAUUCCAGGUACUGCAGGCACCAGGCUUUCCCCUCCUGGCCUCUGGGCUUAGUCCUGGUGUGCCACCAUUGGCGGCUGCCCCGUCAUCCACCUGUGCAUGCUCAAACCUGUUGUGUAGCAACUUUUUGUGGAAACGUCAUUUUUGAUAAAACUGGAGUUGGCAAGGUUUGUCAGCUCCAGGAUGGAAUUUCUGGUCAAGAACAGACACCCCUCUAGAAUGGAUCAAUGAGAGCAGGGCUUCAAACUUGGAUCUCCCAUAUCCCAGGUAAAUGCUCUAAUCACUGUGGAGGGACAGGAGGUGGUGUUUUUUCAUGCUUUUUUUGAAAGGUCUCAGUUCUCUUCUGCAUUAGAACAAAAACAAAUUUUGAAGCCUCAGCUUUUUAUGAAAUGGAAAGGAUGGUUUCUGACCACCCCUCCUUGCCCCAUCAGAAGUGAUAAUGGGUUUCGCCCUUCGUAUAAAACUGCUUUUCAAAGUGGGAUGAGCAGUCUUGGAAAAAUAGUCUCGUUCUCAAAGGCAGCUCAGUGCUGAGCCUGGAACCUGUGCUUGCUGUGCUCUGAUAAGAUGGAUGGGGGGG